AUGAAGUUCUCCUCUGUUACUGCUAUUGCUCUAGCCACUGUUGCCACUGUUGCCACUGCUAAGAAGGGUGAACAUGAUUUUACUACCACUUUAACUUUGUCUUCGGACGGCAGCUUGACCACUACCACUUCUACUCAUACCACCCAUAAGUACGGUAAGUUUAACAAGACCUCGAAGUCCAAGACUCCAAACCAUACAGGUACGCACAAGUAUGGUAAGUUCAACAAGACCUCGAAGUCCAAGACUCCAAACCAUACAGGUACUCACAAGUAUGGUAAGUUCAACAAGACUUCGAAGUCCAAGACUCCAAACCAUACAGGUACUCACAAGUAUGGUAAGUUCAACAAGACCUCGAAGUCCAAGACUCCAAACCAUACAGGUACUCACAAGUAUGGUAAGUUCAACAAGACCUCGAAGUCCAAGACUCCAAACCAUACAGGUACGCAUAAGUACGGUAAGUUCAACAAAACCAAACAUGACCAUACCACCUAUGGUCCAAAUGAAAAGGCCCGUAAGAACAAUGCUGCUGCUGGCCCAUCUAAUUUCAAUUCCAUAAAAUUGUUUGGUGUUACUGCUGGUAGUGCCGCUGUAGCCGGUGCCUUACUAUUGUUGUAA